AUGGAGGAGGAAAUGCACCUGUUUUUUCAGUGCCCUGUGGCAAAGGCAGUAUGGUUAGCCUCACCUUGGUCUGUCCGAUGGGAUAAUAACCACAUGGCUAGCUUGGAAGAUUAUCUUAGCAUCCUAGCCAAACUAAUGGGGAAGCUGCCAAUACACCGGGAAGAUCAAGAUAAGUUCCUUCUUUUUGCAUCACUGGCAUUUGAUACUCUGUGGAAAUUUCAAAAUAAGGUUUUAUUUAAAGGAAAAAUGAUUGCUUUGAAUGAUGAAGUCAAUGCUUUAUUUACCAGGUUUCGGGAGUUCUUGUGCAUGCCGUCUAAAGCCAAACAUAGCUCUACUCCAAACCAAACAGCCUCUUCUUGGUUUCCACCCCCAAAUGGAUUUAUUAAGGUUAAUACAAAUAUGGCACUUCGAGAUGGAGAAGCUAGCCUUGGAUUGGUUUCCAGAAACCAUUUAGGGAAGUUAGUGAAGGUCGAAGUGGUGAGAGAAAAGAUUCAUAGUCUAGAAGUAGCUGAGGCAACUGUGAUUCUCCAUGCUGUACACAUGGCUGCAGAAGAGGGAUACUCACAGGUCUUAUGUGAAAGUGAUUCGAACGCUGUUAUCCAAAGCAUUACAAAUCCGGAUAUGCCUUCAGUUCACUGGUCUACCUUUUGUUUUAGUAGGAAAAUUGCAGAAUUUUGUUCUAGAUAUCGAAAUAUACGUUUCGCUUGGACCCCAAGGAAUCUUAAUAAGUUGGCCUAUUACAUGGCCGAGUGGGGUUUGUCCAAUACUGAGAGUAGCUUAGUGCAUCUUUUGUCAUUUUCUACUGAAUUCACAAACAUUUUGAAACAGGAUUGUGGAGAUUUUCACACACAGAUUGAUUCCUUGGCAUCAUAUUGUAUCUGUGUGAAUGCUUCUUUUGGUUAA